AUGUUCCUCGCGUAUGAGACAGUCAAACUCAAAAUUGGUCAAUACGAUCGCAAACCUUUACAGGAGAGAUCAAGCCAUACGCAAUGGGCACCAUGGGUUACGUUCAAUUGCAAAUACUUUCCUUUUCAAUUUCACCGACUUCAAUAUAACAUAAAAGGUUCAUCACCGAUAACCAUACAACCGCGUACUUGGAUGACGACACCACAUUCAGUUAUGCCUCCGUCAACCACUAAUACUUUAACCAAUCAAUGUAGUACCAAAGACACUUGUAAAUGCAACCCGGCAGAAGAUACGGUGUCAUGCUACUGCACACAAAAUGACAUAUCUCAAACGCGUCAAUUAGCGAAAGUACUGCCGCUACCGAUUCCGAAUGGAAUAGUAGCAGCUGGCCCCAAAAAGAUACCCCAAAUUCAUACAACCGCUUUUUCCAUAGAAUUAGCCAUAACUCUCAAUCCAAAAUUUCUUCACAUAGCACAAAACCUUCUCGAUUUCAAGUGCAAUGUCGUAAACACUGGUUUUAGCGGCUGCUACAACUGCUUUAAGGGAGCUGUGGCUACGUUCGACUGCACAUCAGAUGUGCCUGCCGCAAUUGCGCAAGUAACACGCGGCAUACGCCAGUUCGUACUUACAUGCACCAGAGAAGGACACGUAAACAAAGUCAAACUGUUUUUCAAUCACGCACGCGUAAAAGAACAGUGUCGCGUUCAGCGCAGCUCUCACACUACGAUCCUAGAACUUCAAGGAUUGUUAAAUUAUAUCAGUGGAGUAAGACCAUUCUGGAAAUACUCCAGAGUGUGGCAAAAUACACCUCAAGACGAUCCACAUUUUCAAAUCGAUUGGGAUUUUCCCGAUAAAACUUAUUUCCUUGACAUCUGCAAACAGUUCUACAUCUUUACUGCAAUCAUCCUCAUCAGCCUGCCAGGCGCCAUCAUUAUCAGUACAACAUAUCUCUGCGCAACCAAAACAGCGCAGCCAACGACAGCCUCAACGGCUUCCACAGUCCCUGGCUUUUGCUACCAACCGACUAGUGAAGCUCCUUCUCUGUCUACCUAUGCGAAUUAUCUUUCUGUUAUGUAG